AGAAGUCAGGAAAAAUAAAAAAUAAAAUACAAAGCAUUUAUAUAAAACAAAUGCGGCAUUCAAAACGAAGUCAUUGCUUUGAGUGGGAUGAUAGAAAAAGCUGGGAUCAAGGGAAGCAUAGUGCUCCGCAUAAACGCAAAAAGAGGUCCCACAGCAGUGUACAAGAAAGCAAACCCUAUAAAUCACAUCAUCUUGAAGUUUCAGACAGUCAUUAUUUGGAUGAUAGAUCCAUAAAUGAGAGAGAUCAUCACGACCGGAGAUAUGUUGAGGAAUACAGAAAUGACUUCUGUGAAGUAUAUGACCACAGGCAUUAUCACAGAGACUAUGAAAAGAGUCACCAUCACUACUAUAGCAAAUCCUCUGGUCGGAGCAGGAAAAGUAGUCAUAAAAGAAAGCAUAAGAGACAUCAUUGCUCCAGUCACCAUUCACAUUCGAAGAGUCACCGAAGGAAAGGAUCCAGGAGUGUAGAGGAUGAUGAGGAGGGUCACCUGGUCUGUGAAAGUGGAGACGUACUAAGAGCAAGAUAUGAAAUUAUUGCCAUGUUAGGGGAAGGGGCAUUUGGAAAAGUAGUGGAAUGCAUUGAUCACAAUAUGAGAGGAAUGCAUGUAGCAGUUAAAAUUGUGAAAAAUGUUAGUAGAUACCGUGAGGCAGCCCGUUCAGAAAUACAGGUAUUGGAGUAUUUAAACACCAUGGAUCCCAGCAGCAUGUUCCGCUGUGUCCAGAUGCUGGAAUGGUUUGAUCAUCAUGGUCAUGUUUGCAUUGUGUUUGAGCUGCUGGGACUUAGUACCUAUGACUUUAUUAAAGAAAACAGCUUUUUGCCGUUUCAUAUUAAUGACAUUAGACAGAUGGCAUAUCAGAUUUGCCAGUCUGUAAAUUUUUUGCAUCAUAAUAAGUUGACUCAUACAGAUCUGAAGCCUGAAAAUAUUUUGUUUGUGGAGUCUGACUAUGUAGUAAAGUACAACUCUAAAAUGAAGCGGGAUGAACGCACACUAAAAAAUACAGACAUCAAAGUUGUAGAUUUUGGAAGCGCAACUUUUGAUAAUGAACAUCACAGCACUUUAGUGUCUACAAGACAUUACAGAGCUCCUGAAGUUAUUUUAGCGCUGGGGUGGUCACAGCCCUGUGAUGUUUGGAGUAUAGGUUGCAUUCUAAUUGAAUAUUACCUUGGUCUUACGGUAUUUCAGACACAUGAUAGUAAAGAACACUUGGCAAUGAUGGAGAGAAUGUUAGGACCUCUACCAACUCACAUGAUUAAGAAAUCAAGAAAAUGCUAUUUUCAGCAUGAUCAAUUGGACUGGGAUGAACAUAGUUCUGCAGGUCGAUAUGUUAGGAGACGCUGUAAACCAUUAAAGGAAUUAAUGCAUUGUCAUGACUCAGAUCAUCAGAAUCUAUUUGACCUUGUUCGCAGAAUGUUGGAAUAUGAUCCAGCCAAAAGAAUUACUCUUGAUGAAGCCUUGCAGCAUCCUUUCUUUGACUUAUUAAAAAAUAAAUAAUUCAGAGAUCUUAUAUAUUUCUCCGAGGAGACUACAUAGACUGUGUCAGUCAACAGAGCAGAGAUUUUUGUAAACUUUAAUUUAUUUUGUACAGUUAAGUUUAAGUAUGUCCAUAUGUUUUGUAUCACUGCCAUGUUUAUCUUGUUGGUCAGUUAUGGUCUUAAUCAUGAUACCAAAAUGUAAAAAUUAAAAGUAACAACUAUUUUGAAACAGGUUGCAAUUUUUUAAACUUGUUGGCAUACUUAUACUCUUUCAUAGAGAGGUCUAACAAAUACCACGUUUUUCUUUAGUCUGAAACACGAGUCCAUGUGUUUAAGCAUUAAAGUUUAAAUGAUGCUUGAAAAAAUGUUGCAUAUAUACCUAACGUUAGGUAUGUGCCCAUACAUUUCUGUAUGGAGACAUGUAACAUUAUAAACUAGUAUCCUUUUAAAUAUUGAAAUAUUUUACAUGCAGUUUAUUUUUAAAAGCCCUUAAUUGUUUUUUGUUUUUCAAAUUCAGUAUGUCUUACUGUAACCUGGCUAUUUAUACCUACUCAGCAGUAAUCUUCUGAACUACAGUUAAUGACACAAUUGCAAAUCUAAAGAGAGAGGGAGUGUACAUUUGCAUGGGUCAUUUUUUAACCAAAUGUUUGGCAUGAUGCACAUGUGCAUAAAUAUAAUCUUGACUAGUGUGAAUUCCUGGAAACUUCUGUUGGCCCUGGUGCCCAUACUGGCAAGUACUCCUUGGUUAAGAUGAGUCUGCUAAGAGUAUCACUGACGUUUUCACUUUGUUUGAAUCUCUGAACACCAAUUAUUUCCUUAGUAAAGUGCCUCAUGGUGGUGUUUUUGUGGGACUCCCCUGCUCGUGACUCCCCAAACAUAAAACCUGUCCCUUUACUCCUAAUGAAAGAGGGGAGAGGAAGUAUUGCCUACCCAUGAAUUUCAGGGUGAGGGAAUCUGCAUCACUAAACUUCUGACUACCAGAAGAGGGACUCUUUACAAAUUUGUAAUUCUGUUAAAUAAUUUUAAGUUGGCCAGCUGUGGAUAAAUACAGCAGGAAUAUGGAUGUAAAAGAAGUCAUGCCUUUUUCUA